AUGUCCAAUCCAGAUGCAAUCCAGCAGCUAAAGCUGGCUUUGGAUACCAUGUACACCAAUGCUGAUCAAACUAGUAAAAUGACAGCAACUCAUUUCCUAGAAUCAUUCCAAAGAUCUCAAGAAGCAUGGGAAAUAGUUCAUACUGUCUUGAAUGAUGAUUCUAUUACUGAUAUUCAAUUCAAACUAUUCGCGGCUCAAACUUUAAGAUCAAAAGUUACCUAUGAUUUAUCUCAUUUGCCUGAAUCAAACUAUGAAAAUUUAAAGAAUUCAAUCAUUGAAUUAUUAAAGAAAUAUUCCACUGAAAAUCAACAAAAAUUGAUUAGAAUUCAAUUAUCCAUUGCAUUAUCUCAAUUAUGUUUACAAUACUUAUCAUGGUUGAACCCUAUUCCUGAAAUAAUCUCUCAAUUAUCUUCAAAUCCUCAACAAUUAUCAUCAUUAUUAGACUUUUUAAAAAUUUUACCCGAAGAAUUAACUGAUAUUAAAAAAUCAACUUUAACAGAUGAAGAAUUCGAUUCAAGAAUAAAAAUCUUAAUCACUAAUAAUGUAGAACAAAUCUUACUGAUCUUAAAAGAUUUAGUUGAUUCAUCAUCAUCUACUAAUAAUAAAGAUUCAAAAUUAAAUUCAUUAAUCUUAGAUUGUCUUAAUAGUUGGAUUAAAGAAUUCCCUAUUGAUAAAAUCUUACAAAUCAAUUCAUUAACUAAUUUAAUAUUUCAAAGUUUAUUAGAUGAUUUAACGUUUGAUAAAUCGAUUGAAUGUCUUAUUACUAUCAUUAGUGAAACAAAAGAUUUUGAUAAUUUUGAAAUCAUUGAUGCAUUAUAUCAACAAAUCUUACAAUUGAAUAACUAUGUCAUUUCCAACCCAGAUUUCUUACAAGAUUCAGAUAAAGUAAGUGGAUUAACUAGACUUUAUGUCGAAGCUUGUGAAUCUUGGCAUGCAUUAAUUGCUAAAAAUCCAAAACAUUUUAAACCUUUAGUGGAAAUCUUAUUAGAAGCUUGUAAAUAUGAUGAAGAUUUGGAUAUUGUAAAGUAUACGUUUUAUUUUUGGUAUUUAUUAAAACAAAUCAUUACUUUACCAAAAUUUGAAGAAUCAAGAUUAGUAUUUUCAAGUGUUUAUGAAGAAUUAAUUUCCAUUAUUUUAAAACAUUUAACUUAUCCAACUCCAACCAUUGAAAAAGAUAGUAAACAAAGUAAUAAUGAUGAUGAUUUAUUCGAUGGGGAUAAAGAACAAGAAGAUAAAUUUAAAGAAUUUAGGUAUGAAAUGGGUGAUGUUUUAAAAGAUUGUUGUUCAGUAGUAGGUACCACCACUGCUUUAAAUAUUCCAUUUAAACAAAUUCAACGAAUUUUAUCAUCAAAUGAUACUAAUGCUUUCUAUUGGCAAUAUUUAGAAGCUCCAUUAUUCUCUAUGAGAACUAUGGCAAAAGUAGUAUCAACCAAAGAAAAUACUAUCUUACCUAGUAUAAUGUCAUUUUUAAUUAAAUUACCUGAACAUCCUAAAAUCAGAUAUGCUGCCACUUUAGUAUUAGGAAGAUAUAGUGAAUGGACUGCCAAAAAUCCUCAAUUCUUAGCUCCUCAAAUCACAUAUAUUGUCAAAGGUUUUGAAAUCAUUAAAUUAAAUCCAACUGAUACUAAAAAUAAUCAAGAUAUUAUAAUAUCAGCCUCAAGAGCAUUGAUGUAUUUCUGUAAGGAUUGUUCUAGUUUAUUAGUGGAAUAUCUUGAACAAUUAUACAUGUUAUAUGGUCAAAUUAAUGAUCAAUUGGAUAUCGAAUCCAAUUAUGAGUUAGUUGAUGGUUUAGCUCAUGUUAUUCAACAAGUUCCACCAGCAAAUUUAUAUAAGACUACCGAAAUGUUCAUUGAACCAACUUUGAAUAAGAUCCAACAAUUGACUAGUACAGGACAAUCCACAUCAGAAGAUUUCAAUAUUCAAUUAGCUGAUCAAAUAGAAAUCUUAACUAUAUUCAUUAAAGUCUUACGUACGAAAGAUUUUACUGGUUCAGGUUUCCCAGUUUGUGACUUAUUCAUUGCCAAGAUUUGGCCUAUCGUCCCUCAAAUUUUAAAUAAAUAUGGAUUGAAAUCAGUCAUAGUUAGUGAAAGAUGUUUAAAACUUUUAAAGGCAAGUAUUCAAUCAUAUAGUACUUACUUAAACAAGUUAUUACCUGAAAUAGCCAUGAUCUUACAUGAAGGAUUCAAAACCACUAAAUUUGGAUGUUACCUUUGGGUAUCAGGGAUUUUAAUUCGUGAAUAUGGUGAUGAAUAUACCAGUGAAGAAAUUAAAGAAUCAGUUUAUCAAUUUGGAAUAUCUCAAAGCUUUACAUUUUUUGAAUUAAUCUUUAAUGAAAGUAAUGAUGAAAGUAUUAAAAAUAUGCCGGAUGUCAUUGAUGAUUUCUUUAGAAUGAUUGAUGAUUUAUUAAUGUAUUAUCCAUUCAAAGUGAUUCCAAACUUGGACUUUUUGAAAUCAAUAUUAAAGUUAAGUUUAAUUAAUUUCCAAUUGAUUAAUGAAUAUGAACCAACCAUCUCAUGUGUUCAUUUCCUCAUUGAUUUAGUUAGUUGGGGAUCAUCAAAUCCACCAAUUUCAUUAUUUAAUGAUGAAAAUCCUGAAUUUAUAAAGAAAUCAGUUCAAGAUUUCUUAAUCUUAGAUAACAAUGGUGGUGCAUUAUUACAAGCUAUUAUAAAUGGAUUAAUAUUUAAAUUUAAUAUCGAUACUCAUCAAGAUAUAAAUGAUUUAAUAUUAAAAAUAUUGGUGGUGAUACCUGAUUCAAAUAUAUCGAUCAAUUGGUUACAUCAAGUAGUUCAAUCUUUACCCAAUGUUAAUAAUAAAGAAAUUGAAAAAUUAAUCAAUACUUUAGGUGUUGCAUUGGUUAAUAAAGAUAAUAGAAGAGUUAGAUCUUCUUUAAAAGAUUUUGUUAAUUGGUAUUCUCGUAAAAAUGUGAAACCAAGAUCAGAAUUCUAA